AUGGCCCCCUCCACCAUGUCCGUCUGCUCUGACGCCCACACCGAGUCCUCCUGGCAGGUGGACGACUGUCCAGAGAGCUACUGCGAGCCCCGCUGUAUCCCCAGCUGCUGUGUCCCCUGCUGCACCCCCAGCGACUGCCAGUCCAGCUGCUGUGCCCCAGCUCCCUGCCUGACCCUCGUCUGCACCCCAGUGAGCUGUGUGUCCAGCCCCUGCUGCCAAUCCACCUGCCCCAGCUCCUGCACAUCAUGCUGUCAACAGUCCAGCUGCAGCUCCUCCCCCUGCCAACAGUCCUGCUGUGUGCCCCUCUGCUGCAACUCCUCCCCCUGCAGCAGCUCCUCCCCCUGCUGUGUGACCCUCUGCUGCAAGCCCGUCUGCUGUGAACCUGUCUGCUGUGCUCCGGUCUGCUCUGGAUCCCCCUGCGGCCAGCAGUCUAGCUGCCAGCCCUCAUCCCAGUCGUCCUGCUGUGCACCCCUCUGCUGCAAGCCCGUCUGCUGCACACCCAUCUGCUGUGGGUCUUCCUCAUCCUGCUGCCAGCAGUCCAGCUGCCAGCCCUCGGGCUGCAGCUCCUCCCCCUGCGACAGCUCCUCCCCCUGCUGUGUGACCCUCUGCUGCAAGCCCAUCUGCUGCAAGCCUGUCUGCUGCACACCAGUCUGCUGUGAACCUGUCUGCUGUGAGCCCCUCUGCUCUGGAUCCUUCUGCGUCCAGCAGUCUAGCUGCCAGCCCUCAAGCUCCCAGUCAUCCUGCUGUGCACCCCUCUGCUGCAAGCCCGUCUGCUGCAGACCCUGCUCCAGCGUGUCCCUGCUCUGCCGCCCCGUGUGCAGACCCGCCUGCUGCGUGCCCGCCUCCUCCUGCUGUGCCUCCUCCUGCCAGCCCAGCUGCUGCCAAGGGUCCUCCUCCCUGUCCCUGCUCUGCCGCCCAGCCUGCUCCACCACCUCCACCAUGUCCGUCUGUUCCAGUGACCUGAGCUACGACAGCCGAGUCUGCCUGCCCGGCUCCUGUGGUUCCUGCACAGACUCCUCCUGGCAGGUGGAUGACUGCCCAGAGAGCUGCUGCGAGCCCUGCUGUGACCCCAGCUGCUGUGCCCCCUGCUGCGCCCCCAGCUGCUGCCAGUCCAGCUGCUGUGCCCCAGCCCCCUGCCUGACCCUCGUCUGCACCCCAGCGAGCUGUGUGUCCAGCCCCUGCUGCCAAUCCACCUGCCCCAGCUCCUGCACACCAUGCUGUCAACAGUCCAGCUGCCAGCCAGCUGGCUGCAGCUCCUCCCCCUGCUGUGUGACCCUCUGCUGUAAGCCUGUCUGCUGCAAGCCCGUCUGCUGCACACCCAUCUGCUGUGGGUCUUCCUCAUCCUGCNGCCAGCAGUCUAGCUGCCAGCCCUCAAGCUCCCAGUCGUCCUGCUGUGUGCCCCUCUGCUGCAAGCCCGUCUGCUGCAGACCCUGCUCCAGCGUGUCCCUGCUCUGCCGCCCCGUGUGCAGACCCACCUGCUGUGUGCCCGCCUCCUCCUGCUGUGCCUCCUCCUGCCAGCCCAGCUGCUGCCGCGGGUCCUCCUCUGUGUCCCUGCUCUGCCGCCCGGCCUGCUCCAGCCAGGCCUGCUGUGGCCUCUCCUCCGGACAGAAGUCCAGCUGCUGA